AAUAAAGUAAAAAAUCAGAUCCGAACGAUAGUGAAUGCAUCAUGGCGGGCAUUUUCGAAAAUUUCGAAACACAGCCUAACUUUCUAUCAAAUGAUGUAUGUGCCUUUUCGUAUUGCUUGUUUUGUUUCAUCAUAUUCUAGGCUGACGAGAGUUUAUUAGUAAUUGCUGGUUACACAAGUUCUGACCGAAGUUUGCCGGACAGAAAAUUUCGGGUACAGUUGCGUGAUGUGUCAGUGUGACAGGCCUGGAUAGGUUGCGUUGUACGCCUUCUUAGAAAUUGAUCGCGUGGAACCGGUACUUUGGAUAGACAAAGUGUUGUGGAAAUGGUUUUGUUCAGUACGUAAACGUGCGCACUUAACCCCGUAAUGGCUUACGGGCGAUCGUGGCUGUUUGUAUGGUGCGCCUCGGGAUUGUUCCUUUUAAACGUUCUUCACUUUCUAGUGGGUUACUUUCCAUUUGAGUGCACCUUGCCCGGGGUGGCAUCUAUCACGGAUGCAGGAUUGCCGUAUUCACUGUGCGGUCUACCGUCAAAUACGGUCCAUGACACAACCUAUACCCCGUUACAUGAACGGCUUGUUCUGCUCGUGGUCGACGCGCUGCGCUAUGACUUCGUCGACGCCGAACGCUUCCCGUAUGCCAGCGGCCUUCUUAAAUCGGAGCAGGCGCUCAAGUUCCGCAGUCGAGCUUUCGCCCCUACAGUUACGCUGCCUCGCAUUAAAAGCAUCUUGUCAGGGGUCGUACCCGGCUAUGUAGACAUUGUGGUCAAUCUCGACGCGUCUCGUAUGAGCACCGAUAAUAUCAUCAAUCAAGCACACAAGCAGUUAAAACGAAGUUACUUCUUCGGUGAUGACACCUGGCUCAAACUGUUUCCUGCGGAGUAUUUCGCCAAAUAUGAGGGCACAACAUCAUUCUACGUGAACGAUUACACCGAGGUGGACACCAAUGUUACUCGUAAUGUCAAGACUAGUCUCGAACCUGGAGAGGAAUGGGACUUUCUAUUCCUUCACUACCUUGGUCUCGACCAUUUGGGCCAUAUCGUAGGGCCGGAAAGCCCUCUCGUGGCCGAGAAACUCAAGGAGAUGGACGAAGUUAUCGAGCUUUUGCAUACGAAACUGCCGGCUGGUAGCCUGAUCGUCGUCACUGGAGAUCACGGAAUGAGUGUUACUGGCAAUCACGGAGGCACGUCGCACGAGGAAAUCGAAACGCCGAUUCUCUUCCUUCUGACCGGCAACGAGCGCUUCCUAGAUGAGAAGCCAUCAGCGAACAGUCUGUCGGAUCCGAGCGUCCACCAGAUCGACAUUGCACCAACUCUUUCACUUCUUAUGGGUCUCCCAGUACCUCACAGCUCGUACGGCUCUGUGUUACCUGAGCUUCUCACGCGGCAUCCUCGUCUGAAUGAUGACCAGCGAUUAUUCCGCAUGCAGUACAACGCUCACCAGCUGCUACAAGUAUUUAGCGAGAACUUCGAAGCCGAAAUGGACAAGUAUCAAUCAGUACGAGCUACAAUCUGUCACUAUAUGCGCUUAAUCAAAGAUGACCAGCCAUUACAGCCAGAAGCCGUAGAGAAUUCGCAGCGCGCACUUCACACCUCCAUGAUGAUGAUGAAGAAGAUGCUCAUCGCGAAUCGAUCACGUUUCAGCCUGCACGCCCUUGUCACAGGUGUUGUCGGGGCAGCAUACUGCGCCCUAGCUCUUCUCGUGUGCGCUUUUACAGAGAAUCUGCAUUUUCGCUUUGAUCGAAGGGUUCUUCUUUCCAGUUUCAUACUGGGCUUCUCGACUUCAGCAUUUAUUUCGACUCUGCUGGCUGGCGCAACUUUACCCACCGAACUCAUGAGCCUGGCGUUCCUGUCGGCGUCCACCUAUGUACUGCUUUGCUCUCUGCAGGGUUUUGGCAUCGCAGCAUUCAAGGCGUACAUGGCUGGGGGUGGUCUGAGCGUACUUUCGGCCAUCCAGCUCAUCGGGUUGGCUUUACACGCCGGGUCUUUGGUUGGAAGCAGCUUUGUGGAGGAGGAACACCAGACGUGGUACUUUCUCAGCGUGACAAUCGGUGUGGCCGGAGCACUGCUCGCGCCAACGAUGAAAAUCGCCAAAGAAGAACUCAUCAAGGUGUUUCGAGUACUGCUACUGUCGCGCAUCCUGCGCGGAUGGAAUCGCACGGGAGACAAGUGGAUCCAUCUGCCGGUGUACGCAGACUAUGUACUUCGUCAACCGGCGCUUGCGUCCGCUCUUAUUAUAGUGACAGCACACAAUGCUAUCGGCAUGUUCCGUAUGCGCAACUCGCCACUGCAAGGCGCCGUCACCAGCACUGCGUCAGGAUUCAUUCUACUGUACAAAUUAUAUAGUGUUCACACAGGCGAGCAUUCAGGCAUGGCCGUAUGGCUAUACUUGGCUUUGCCGGUCACCCUCGUGGCCGGAAUUUGGGAGUUUGUGACGCAGGGCGAAUUUGCUCGCGAACGUCAUUUACACCCAUUGAACACCUUCUCUAAUUGCUGGAUGUUAUUGGGCUUCAUUUUGCAGCGACCUGAGAACGUGUUCAUGUUCGGGUUGGAGAUCUUUCUUGAGAAUGCGGUUCAUUCAGCAGUGGGCGAUUUCCCUGUGACCGUACGCGCCGUCAUUUAUAUGUGGUUCUCAAAUGCGGCCUUUUUUCAUCAGGGAAACUCAAACAAGCUAUCAACGAUUGACGUCGCGUCAGGCUACAUCGGCGUUUCAUUCUAUGAGCCGGUGCUUGUCGGUUUACUAAUGUACUGCCAUACUUAUUCUGGUGUUAUACAUUGGCUGGUCAUGUUCUGGCGUCGAGCCAGUUAUAACCUCGGCCCAAAGGAUAAGCUUCGCGUAACCAGUCUCAUGCUGUGCAUUAAGCUGCUGGUUACUACGUGGUAUCUAAUCGUAAUGAUAUUUCAUCGUAAGCAUAUCUUUGUCUGGUCGGUAUUUAGCCCAAAGGGUCUGUACGAAAGCGCUCAUGCAGCGACAACAGUACUCGUUCUUAUGGCCGUGUCCGCAUGCAACGUAUGACAUCAUUCAUACAUAAUGCCACUGAAGCAGCUGGACGAUGGACAGCGCCAUCUGCCAUCUUCAAAUACACUUGCGGCGCACUCCCACAAGCCAUUGUGUAGUGCUACUAUACUUGACCAAGGGUGGACCGUGUAAGCCCGAUCCGGUUACGCGAAACGCUGUUUUAUCGGUAAGGCUACUUGUAAACACAACGGGAAAGCAUAUGGCAUAUGUACAAUAAGCGGAAUAUGUCGAAAAUUGGUUGGUGGAGGAGUGGAAUUGCUUAAGACUCGGCAAACAGAAAGAAAAAAAGCAAAGUGGAUGUUUUGCACCGACUUCGUUAAUAGAGAGCUAGGAUUAUGCAGAAUAGAUCAAUGACUUCGGGCCCAAUGUUACUUUUUGCAUCAAAGCUUUUGGUUGGAAAAGCGACCGGAACGAAAUAUAAGAGAUCCUUCAAGGUUAGAUAUAUUUGAAGCGCGCUUUUUUGGGCGUGCCAACCAAACAGUCACGGUUCAUUUGCACGUCUCGUUUCGGAUAUAAACAGGUUAUAUACAGACAGAUACUCUUUUCAGCGAACCUUGAUUUGCCCCUCAAGUUGGAGUACUGACUUCAGUACUAUAUUAAUAUAUGUAUUUUAAUUUGUAUUAUGUAACAAAUGAAAAAUGUAUUAAUCUUUACGGUGUUUGUAUGUAAUGUAGGCGACAUAUGCAGCCGAAAUGGCAUUCGAAAGUUAAUCCGAGUUUUGUACAGCAAGGAGAAUAGAUAUUUAAAUGGGUAGGUAAGUAAAUAGCAAUAAUAAAGAAAUAAAGUAAACAGAUAGUCUACAUACUUAAUGCAUUCUUGGAUUUUAAUUCAUCAGUGUGAUACUUGUAUGAAAUUGAAGAAAGUUUGAAAGGCUUGUGUCGAAAUAAACAACUUUUCAGUUGUUUAUGCGGAACUCCCUGAACCCUGGUACCGCACUCAUUAAAUUUAGGAAUCAUUAUAAAUAAUAAGAUUACACUAGAAAAGCACUUAAUUGUGCAAUCUGUUAUUAUCUUAGUCAUUAGUGUAUUCGUGUGCAUCAACAAGAGAUCCCUCACGGAUUGUUGCCAAUGAUUUUCUAUUUAUAGAUAAGGUACUGUGCGUACAAGUCUCGAUCGGAGCUUCGCGGUAUCAUAACUGUGAAAACUUCUGCAGUAUGACUGAAACUUUUGCUUCCCUCAAUAGACAGAUCGUCGGUCAACUUCAACAGAUAAGAUUAAUAGGUAGCAUUUUUUAUUAUUAUAUUUGAAUAUCAUCAACUACUACAACAACUGCAUCGAUCACAGAGCAAGUCAAUCUGUAGUUAAUACUUGCCAAGCAGUGGUGUGAUAAUCACACAAGCCUGCAUCCGGGUGCACGUUACAAGUUAUAUGUAUAUGAGACAACACCAUGUGCAGAUUACUCGAAGGAGAAACAAUAACGGCGUCGUUAUUUCGUGACCUGCUAAGCAUAAAACACCUCUUAUCGCGCAUACGAGCACCAGUUAUCAAAAUAGGUAUUAGGUUGAGUCUCAUUUACGAGAGUACGUGUCCAUGCGGCCGAUUUUGACGUAACGUUUGUUUGUGGAAACUAGACAAAGCGGUGAAAGACACCCUCCUUCGGGGGAAAGCAACACGCGAAAACAGCCGCCGCCACCGCCGCCAUCUCUCUAAUAUUUGUACGUUCUCUGGACCGUAGUCGAGCAGUGUUUGCCAGCGAACACGAAAAGUAUCCAGGCCAUCCAUCGCAACUAAGAUAGAACGACAAAAUAUUAUCGUCCAGCGAUAUAAGCCACAAGGAACUAGUAAAUCUUACCGAGUGCUACACUUCUCAUUGCCUAUAUACGCCAUAAAAAUGUACAUCCGUCAAUAUCUUCGAGUUCAUGUAUAAGUCGACACGAAGACAAUAGUGCCUGCUGCAUCGCUCUACUACAUGAGCGUGUAUGCGUACCUAUCAAAUAAUCUACGCACAGCUAGUAACUUUGCAGUUUGAUAACACCCGUUAUUGUCGUUGCGACGGGAAAAGGUAGACCGUCAUCAUCAAGGGGCUUCCUGUUUGCGUUUCAAAAUAAAAAUAACGUACCUUUAGACGAGUGACAGGGUUCCAUCGCAAAAAAAGGACUCUGUCUUUCACCGAGCGUAAAGCAUCUAGGAAUAUCACGUUCUCUCUCCAUCUCCAGUCGCGUGCUUCCUAUAUAAUUUCCAAACACUUGUCAGUCACUUCUCUAAUUAUAAGUAAACGAGACAAGUUUGUUUUUUCCACCUUAUCGCAAUUCAGCGUCUCGACUCGAGUGACUGAGAGAGAAAGCGAGAUAUCGUACAAGAUGGGGCAUUGUCAACGAGAAACAAUUGGAGGACGGAUGACAUGUUUCAAGGAAAGGGCAUCUUCAAAGUCCCAUAUUGAAUCCAUUUAUUUCACGACGGUAGAUGUCGGCAACUCCUAGUUACAGGUAACUGCCUGAUAAGACAUGUCAAAAUUGGCUACAAUCCAGCAGAAUGAACAAAAAGCAAGGUUAUCGUAUUCGAGAUUACGAUUGAAAUUAAAUUCUGGAAUACCAGCUUGUUCAGUGGUCAAAUUAAAGCCAUUAACAAAAAUUCUCAAAAAAUGUUUGCUGUUUGAAACGUAUUAUGUGUUUAAAUCGGAAAACGAUCUGAACACCUUAUUUUUUAUUAUUUACAACAUAAUACAUUUCUGUUAUGAUGUUUUUUUUAUUUGAAUAAGAGAAUAAAGGGAACUUCCUGAAACAAAAUAAAGCUGAACAGCUGUCGUUCGAAUCUGAACCUCCCAACCAAUAAUAACAGCGUUAAAGAUACCUGUGAGGAUGAUGCCAACCGUAAUUUACAAAUUCGUUCAAUUUGCUAUAUAUUAACAUUACUAUUUCGCACGCUUUCUCUCAUAUUG